ACGUGGCAUAAAUCCAUUGCUGAUCUCAAAUUUCAUGGCCCACUAAAUGAAACUCUUGGCUAAACUAUGUGAAGUUUUGAAAGCCUAAUUCAUAGAAGAGAUAAGAAUGACAAAUACACAUUCUAACAAUGGCAGGAACUGCUUUCUACACCUCCUGCAAUUUAGGGAAAUGUUGUUUGGUAUUAAAAACUCACAAUACAAGAACCCUAGCAGGGAAAAAACUAGCUCAAUGUCAAAUGAGAAGAAACUUUACAAUAAAAGCAGAAGUGGAAUUUGUAACAGCUGAUAAAGCUAAGGAGCUUGUAGCAGUAAAGGGGUUUAAUGUUCUUGAUGUUAGGGACAAAACACAGUUUGAGAGAGCUCAUCUUAAAACAUGUUAUCAUGUCCCUCUUUUUGUUGAAAAUACAGACAAUGAUCCUGGUACAUUCUUGUUAAGGACUGUCCAUAAUAAUUUUUCUGGGUUGUUCUUUGGGAUACCAUUCACUAGACCAAAUCCUGAUUUUGUAAAAUCGGUGAAAAGUCAGAUAUCGCCUGAAAGUAAACUAUUGGUUGUAUGUCAGGAAGGGUUGAGGUCUGCUGCAGCAGCAAAUAAGUUAGAGGAAGCUGGUUACCAAAAUAUAGCAUGCAUAUCAUCUGGACUUCAAACUGUGAAACCAGGGACAUUUGAAUCGGUUGGUUCGACCGAGUUGCAGAAUGCUGGCAAAGCUGGCUUGGUGCAAAUCCAAGGAAAAAUUUCAGCUGUGUUGGGAACUGUUCUUAUUUGUGCAUAUUUAUUCAUCACCUUCUUUCCUGAUCAAGCAGAGAAGCUGAUCCAACUGGUUCCUGGAGGCUAAGACUCAAAAUUGUAUUGAUUAGUUUGGUUUCCCCUCACAUAAUGCAUGUUGCAUAAUUUAGAAAUGUGAGAUUAGAACUGAGCAAGAUAAAACAUGUGAUGUAAAUGAGGUGAUGGAAGGGAUAAUGAUCAAAACUCGAUUGUUUCACUGCGAUAGUAAUUUAAUUUCCAUUGAGCAAA